AUGGAUGAGGAGAGCCUGGAAGCAGCGAUCCAGACGUACCACGCGCAGCUGCAGCAGGUGGAGCUGGCGCUGGGCGCGGGGCUGGACCCGUCGGAGCAGUCGGACCUGGUGCAGCUGCAGGAGGAUUUGAAGCAGCUAAUAGAGCUGACCGAGUCCAGCCUGGUGGCCGUGAAAAAGAGCAAACUGCUGGCCACGUUAGACACAGAUGCUUCCUCCUCCUCCCCCGCGGGUUUUCCGGGGCAGGAUUCCCACCCGGAGAGCUCUGCCCAAGAUGAGGAAUAUGCUGCUUUCAAAGAAGCUAUUGCUGGGCUUGGAACUGACGAGGAGCCUUCAGCUGAGAACAGGGAGAUCUCAUCAGAGAGAGAGGGAGAAACUGGUGAUCAAAACGAAUCAAAGUGCAGUGAAGAGGAGGAGGAGUCUGAGAGGGAGGAAGAGGAAUUGAGUGGGAUGAAGGUUAAAGCUCCCUACUACAGUUCCUGGGGGACCCUGGAGUACCACAAUGCCAUGAUUGUGGGGACAGACGAACUGGAGGAUGGCAGUGCAGGGGUCAGAGUACUGUACCUGUACCCAACCCACAAGUCCCUGAAGCCAUGUCCCUUCUUCCUGGAGGACAAGUGCAGAUUUAAGGAAAACUGUCGGUUUUCACAUGGUCAGGUGGUGUCUGUGGAGGAGCUGCAGCCGUUCCAGGAGCCUGACCUGAGUGCCCUGGGGGUGGGCUCAGCCUGCCUGGCCAAGCACAGCGAUGGGAUAUGGUAUACGGCCAGAAUCACUGACAUAGACAGUGGGUACUACACAGUGAAGUUUGACUCCCUGCUGCUCAAGGAGGCUGUUGUGGAAGGAGACAGUGUCAUUCCCCCGCUGAGAAGUGAAGAUGCUGCUGAAUCUGCAGAGUCUGAUGAGGACAAUGUCGAUGAUUCUGGUUAUGCCAAAGUGAUAGAUUCAGGAGUUCCAGAGAAUGGGGAAUGGACUCCUGCAUGCAGCUCCUCGUUUGGUGGCUGGGAAGCUCAUACUCGUGGAAUUGGCUCCAAACUGCUUGUUCGGAUGGGAUAUGAGUUUGGAAAAGGGUUAGGGAAGAACUCCGAUGGCAGAGUGGAGCCAGUGCAGGCUGUGGUACUUCCUCGAGGGAAGUCCUUGGACCAGUGUGCUGAGGUGCUCCAGAAGAAGAAGCAGGGGAAGCUGGACCCAGGCAAAUCAAGGAAAUGCCGAGCAAAGGGAAACAGCUCUGGACAGUCAGGUGGGCGCAAGUCCCACCGCAACGUGUUUGACUUUCUGAACGAGAAACUGCGUGGGAAGAGCUCUGGGGAGAAGGCAGGAGGGAUGGCAGUACCAGAGAGGAACAGCAAAGAGAUCUACCAUGCCAGCAAGAGCACCAAGAAAGCCCUGAGUGUUCGCCUCUUCCAGACUGCGGAGAAGAUUGAACGGACGCAGAGGGAUAUCAUUGGGAUCCAGCAGGCCCUGGAACGCAACAUCGGACGGCACAGCAUUGCAGCAGCUCAGCUGAAGGAGAAACUGGCUGAUGCCCACAAGCAGCUGGGGCAGCUGCAGGCCCAGGAAGCCAGGCUGCAGCGGGAGCAGAAGAAAGCAGACACCCACAAGAAGAUGACUGAGUUCUAGGCACUGAGGAAGGCGUUGGACUGCAGGGAUUGUCCUUCUAGCCAGCCCCAAUGCUCCUGACCUCAGAGCCUGGGUGAGCUGUCCUGCUCCUCUGCACCUCAGGCUG